CCUUUCCCUCCGUCGGUUCCAGAAACGGAAAAACCCAAAUUUAGAACCCCACGCCGCUCUUUGUUCGAUCGCUGCACUGGUCGCCCGGCACCGCCUGCUACCCCCGAUAUGGCGACGAGCGAAGAGAUGGAAGAUGUGAGAGAGGUCCUAAGACUGGCCGCGCGGUCGCUUCCUCCUUCAGACGCUGUCCUUGAUCUCCUAGACAUUGGGGUAUGUGCUCGCUGCAUCUUCAGAUUGUUUGGGGUUCUUGGGCGUGCUUAUUCUUUCCCGUCAAUUACUGAUGCUGUAUUGAAGUCUUUCCUUGAAGAGCCGGAUAAUUUCCAUAGCAAUGCUGGAGAAAUUGGAUGCGGAGCAAAUGGAGCUACAUUUGUGCAAUUUUCAAAUUCUUCAAAGGAAACAAGAAACGUUCAACAAUACUGUAGCAUUUGUUUGGGGAUUCUACAAUUUGCUCACCAAGAUCAGGAACUGAUGAAAAUGUCAACAAAUAGAGUUCCUGUUGAUGACUUUACUCUCGCCAUUGCUGAACUUGUGAAGAAAGAGGAUUAUCACAUUGAUGGCUUUUCUAUUGAAGUUUCAAUGCCACCUGUAAUAGUGGCUAAUGAGCGUGCCGUUAGGCUGUACAUGAAAAAGAAAUAUGAAAGUGAAGAGUGGUUUUCAGCAAAGUUCCUACAUGAGCACUUAUCUGUGAAAGAUGCUUUGAGGACAUCAACAACUGCUUUACUUGAAAAACAUUUGGGUGAUGUAUCUGAUAGCAACUCAUUUCGUAUUCGUCUAACAUACUCACAUCCUGAGGCCUCAAGAAGGCUUCAAAGUUCCUUAGCAAAUAAUCUUUCUGGCAAGGGUGCGAAAACAGUAAUGAAGAACAAUGUGAAUAAAGCUAAUGAUUCAUACGAGGGAAUUUUGAGAAAUUCAGAACAGCAAACUUGUAAUGAGUCAGAUGCUGCUAUUCUGCGAGCUUUAGAAGGGAUGCAGGAUCAUGUAUUUUAUGAGUGUUUUACAGUACCUCCAGAUAAGACCUUCAAACCUUGUCAUCUAACAACUACUUGCUAUAGGAUGCCAAUUUACAUUGGCGGUCGUUACCUGAAGUUCUCACGAAAUGUGAGCCAGACCUGCUGGAUGGUUGAUGACGAACGAAUUGGUGAAGCAUCUGUUGAGGAGAUAGUUGGAAAGAAUAUUCUUUCUGUAUGCAGAGGUGACAAUUAUAAAUUUCAUGCUGCUGGAAGAGAAGACAUUGAUGUACGGAUGUUAGGAUCUGGACGACCUUUUCUUAUUGAAAUUGCAAAUUCACGGCGCAUUCCAUCCAAGGUUGACAUUGGGCUAAUUUCUGAAAAGAUAAACAACAAUGAUCAGAAUCAUGUCAGGGUGAGAAAUCUUAGUCUGAUUGGCAAUGAGGCAUGGACCCUUAUGCGUGAAGGAGAGGCAGAGAAGCAGAAGCAAUAUGCUGCCCUAGUCUGGAUUUCUCGCUCACUAACUGAUGGUGACAUGCAGAACAUUUCAUCUUUAAAAGACUUGGACAUCAUACAGAGGACCCCGAUCAGGGUGCUUCACCGCCGAAGCCCAUUAGAGCGCAAGCGUAUCAUACAUUGGAUGUCGAUUGAGAAAAUUUCCAGUAGUUCCCAGUAUUUUCUGCUACAUCUUUGUACACAGGCAGGAACUUAUAUAAAGGAAUUCGUUCAUGGGGAUCUUGGACGAACACAUCCCAGCGUUGGUUCCAUCUUAGGAUGCAGAGCAGAGAUAUUGCAGCUGGACGUCACUGAUGUGAAAAUGGACAUAUUUAAUUGAUUUAUCUGUUUUAUGGUACUGCAGCUCAAUUUCUAACGCACUUCCAGAUAUCACUUCGCACGUCUUCAGCCUCAAGUGGAAGUUGGAUUUCAAUUUUACCGAGUCAGAAUGGAUUCCAGAGAUCAAGAAACUCAACAUUUUCCCCCAAAUAUCAGCUUUUAAGAUUGUAUAAUCUCAGUUUUUUUUUUGCCUUUAGAUUAAUUGCAGUUUGUUUAGCUUUGAUUAGACAAAUGGUAAAUAUUGUGUUCUAUGCUGGUAAGCACCCAGUAUAUUUAUUAUUAUUAUUAUUAUUUA